ACUCCGAUUCAGAGGCACAGCAUGGGAGGACGCAUCACUGAACAGCAGCGCUGAAACACACCGGAUCAUCAUCAUGGGGAGGAAAUCAGUGAAAGGGGGGGAGCAGAAGGGAGAGGUAGAAAUUGGAAGUACGUUAGCCAGAGGGCGGUGGCAUUUCUCUCUCUCUGCGUAAACGGAGACGCUGAAGGUGGAGAGAGGAAGGAGAUCAGUGGUGAGGCAGCAGAGGCGCUGACAGGAGCCACGGGAGCGCGCGCUCAUUCAAGCACCUCCAGUUCUCUCAACGCGGAGUAACGCUUUUACACCAGCACGGUUGCCUUGGGAGUCUUCCGCGGAUCUUGUGCUGUUGGAGACGGGGGGUCUUCUAACCCCCGUCGUGGAGCGAGGAGUUGGGGAGUUUUUGUUUUUUUUGUUUUGUUUUUUUCAUUUCUGAAGAUUUUUUUCCUGCUCCGCGUCAUCUGUGAUGGGUAAAAGUGGACUGAGAAGUGGAGUAGCGCUCGAAGGCUCCAGCCUACUGAGGAUGUGCACCGCGCCGGGCAUCCUGCUUCUCCUGGCGCUUGCGCACCCUGUAGUCACGCAAGUGAGAGAUGAUGAUGACUUCCUAAGCCUGAGCGAACUUCCGGAAACCUUUCCUUCCGAUCCUCCGGAGCCACUACCCCACUUCCUGUUUGAACCUGAGGAGGGCUACAUCGUCAAGAAUAAGCCUGUCAAUCUGUACUGCAAAGCCACUCCUGCCACACAGAUUUACUUUAAGUGCAACAGUGAGUGGGUCCACCAGAAGGACCACACCGUAGAGGAGAGGGUUGACGAGAACUCAGGUCUGGUAGUCAGAGAAGCCAGUAUAGAAAUAACACGUCAGCAAGUGGAGGAGCUGUUUGGUCCUGAAGAUUACUGGUGUCAGUGUGUGGCCUGGAGCUCGGCUGGAACCACCAAGAGUCGCAAGGCGCACGUUCGCAUUGCAUAUCUGAAGAAAUCAUUUGAACAGGAACCUUUGGGAAAGGAAGUCUCACUGGAACAGGAAGUGCUGUUACAGUGCCGGCCCCCAGAGGGCAUACCUGCAGCUGAGGUGGAGUGGCUAAAGAACGAAGAAGUUAUAGAUCCGGCGGAAGACCGAAACUUCUACAUCACCAUUGACCACAACCUCAUCAUCAAACAGGCUCGUCUGUCGGAUACAGCCAACUACACAUGUGUGGCUAAGAACAUAGUGGCUAAAAGGAGAAGCACCACAGCCACCGUUAUAGUCUACGUCAACGGCGGCUGGUCAACGUGGACUGAAUGGUCACCGUGUAACAGCCGCUGUGGGCGUGGCUUCCAGAAGCGAACAAGGAGCUGCACAAACCCCACCCCCCUCAAUGGAGGGCUACCCUGUGAUGGACAGGCCAUACAGAAGCUGCCCUGUACCACACUAUGCACAGUGGAUGGUGUGUGGACAGAGUGGAGUAAGUGGUCAGCUUGUGGGACUGAAUGCACACAAUGGAGACGGAGGGAGUGCAAUAACCCAGCUCCAAAAAAUGGUGGAAAGGACUGUGAGGGGCUUGUUCUGCAGUCCCAAAACUGCACCGAUGGACUUUGUAUGCAAAGUUCAUUGUUUCAGAAGUCCAAUGUGCCCAAAGAAAAGACUGAUUUGGGAAUGCCAUCCGCCCCAAGUACAGAUGAUGUGGCUCUCUAUGUGGGCAUAGUCAUCGCUGUGAUUAUGUGCCUGGUCAUAUCUGUUAUCGUGGCCCUGUUUGUGUACCGCAAGACACAUAGGGACUUCGACUCUGACAUCAUUGACACGUCGGCCCUGAACGGAGGCUUCCAGUCAGUAAACAUCAAGACGGCCAGAUCAGCUGAUCUUCUAACAGCUCCUCCUGAUUUGACUAAUGCGGCUGCCAUGUACCGCGGUCCGGUUUAUGCCCUCCACGACGUGUCGGACAAAAUCCCAAUGACCAACUCCCCUCUUUUGGAUCCGCUUCCUAACCUUAAGAUCAAAGUCUACAACUCAUCUGGUCUGGUCACACCCCAGGAUGACCUCGGGGGGGACUUCACAUCUAAACUCUCUCCUAAGAUCACUCAGUCCCUGUUGGAAAACAGUGAUACAAUGAACCUUCGCAACCAGAGCUUAGCCCGUUCUCGAGACCCGUCCUGUACUGCUCACGGAUCCUUCAACAGUCAAGGAGGACACCUCAUUGUGCCAAACUCUGGUGUGAGUCUGCUGGUGCCAGCGGGUGCCAUUCCUCAAGGUCGGGUUUACGAAAUGUGUGUGACUGUGCACAGAAAGGACAGCUUGAGACCUCCGGUGGAGGACAUCCAGACAGUGUUGAGCCCAGUGGUAAGCUGUGGACCUGCAGGAGCCCUGCUGACCAGACCAGUGAUCCUCACCAUCCACCACUGUGCAGACAACGUCCAGGAGGACUGGCUCAUACAGCUCAAGAACAGGCUGAGCAUGGGAGAGUGGGAGGAUGUGGUUGUAGUGGGGGAGGAAAACUUCACCACCCCCUGCUAUGUCCAGAUGGACUCGGAGGCUUGUCACAUUCUGACAGAAACAUUGGGGACUUACUGCCUGGUGGGCCAGUCAAUUGGCAAAGCAGCUGCAAAGAGGCUCAAACUGGCUGUUUUUGGGCCCGUCUCGUGUACGACUUUGGACUAUCACAUCAGGGUCUACUGCCUGGAUGACACCCAAGAUGCACUCAAGGAGGUUCUUCAGAUGGAGACCCAAAUGGGAGGGAAGCUUCUGGACGAGCCAAAGACUCUGAACUUCAAAGACAGCACUCAUAAUCUUAGACUGUCAAUUCACGACGUACCACACAUGCAGUGGAAGAGCAAACUUAUCGCAAAGUACCAGGAGAUUCCAUUCCACCAGGUGUGGAGUGGAAGUCAGCGGAGUCUUCACUGCACCUUCACUCUGGAGAGACUGACUCCAGCCACCAUGGAACUCAGCUGUAAACUGUGUGUGCGGCAGGUGGAAGGAGAGGGACAGAUAUUUCAGCUCAGCAACACACUAGAGGAGGAGCUCCAGUGCAUAGACACGUCCCUGAUGGACCCAGCCAGCAACAUCACUACCUUGACGGGGCCUAACGCCUUCCGUAUUCCGUUAUCCAUCAGACAGAAGUUGUGUGGAAGUCUGGAUGCACCCCAGACCAGAGGGAACGACUGGAGGAUGCUUGCUCACAAACUCAAUCUUGACAGGUACCUGAACUACUUUGCCACCAAGUCCAGUCCGACAGGUGUGAUCCUGGAUCUCUGGGAGGCCCAGCACUUCCCUGAUGGAGACCUAAACGAACUGGCCGCUGUACUGGAAGAAAUGGGUCGCCAUGACAGCAGCCUCGCCUCCAUGACAUGUGAACACUGACGAGGCAGCGUGGUUACUAAGAUGAUGACAGAACUCUGGAGAUAAUUACUUGUGAAUUCUCUAUGGUUGGUCCUGCUGCUACAGCAAUGAAACAAUUAUAUGGAAGCAAAAGAUAAGCCGUCGCCAUGGUGAUUGAGCACCGCUUAAAGAAAAGGGGGAGCCGAACCGACAUGGCAACAGAAGCCAUGAGAGAUGCUUAAGCUGGUGCCCGAGCUACAUGCGCAUCUUCUGCGCGCAAGAUGUCGACCCCAGGAGAGAUAAUUCAACAUAUCAGGAAAACACAAACAUUCACAUACUGAGAAAAACAAACACAAAUAUCUCUGUACUACGCAGGUAUUUUCUUACUUAGUGCUGAACAGAUGAGAAAAGGAAAAAAAAAAACAUGCACUCUGAUUUUAUUUCAGAAAGAAAUAAAACAAGAAAACUGAAGGGUAAAUAGGAAAAUCAAUGAAUACAAAUACAUUGGAAGAAGUUCGACUGAUGAUAAAUUCACAGUGAAGCUGAUUCUUCAGGAAGAUGAAUGUAAACGAAGGAAGGAUGAACUAAAUGAAUGAAUCAGAAAAGCAUAAGGUGAUUGAAUCAGCAACAGGUGAUCAUCUGGAUGCAAAUGAGAGCGAGAGUGGCUCUUCCCUUGGGCCCCAGCUGUAUUUAUCAGGCCAGAUCCGUGUCUUUGCAGCAUGUAGUCUGCAGUCUGCACAUGUUAAUGGAGAGACCUGAUUACAGCAGAUCUGCAGAUUAUAGCAGAUUCCUUUGUCAUAGAAAACAAGGGUCAGUUUUUUACAAUUUUGGGUCACAAAGUAAGCAAAGUUAAUUUCUUCUUCUAACUAAAUGCUAAUUUCCAGAAAGAUGCAAGUGAAAAGGCCUGUUCACUCAAUAGUGGACGCUUGCAACAUCUGUGUUUUCAAGAUAAACAAAGUAACAGUUCAGUUUGUUCAAUCUCACAGAUGGAUCUGCAGGGAAAAAUACCAAAAUAAAAAUUUAAAAAAAAUUCAACAAACCAAUCUUCAUUUGAGUGCAUAAUCAAGCAUGUCUGUAGUGAUGCAGCUGCCGAACAGUUCAGUGGAGUUAAAAAAUGGAUUUUUUCAUCAGAUAGGAAGACUGGCAGUGUCACCGCUGUCUGUCAUGACUUAUUAUCAGUAGAUACCCAAAAAAACAAACAAUUUUUUAACCAUUUUGACCAACUUUAUGUCAUAAAACAAAGUUGCGUUACAUUAUAAAAACAAUAUUCAUGGAUGUUACCAAGGGACUAUUGACAAAUUGAUCUACACUCAACAAUUUUAAAGAACCCACUCUUUUGUCUCAAAUGUGUAAAUAUAUAAUUGUGUCUGAUAUCAUAUUUCCAUAUCAGUUUUUUUCAAUCAUCAUUAUUUUUUUUGUAACAGUUUAGUUAAUGAGGAGUUUUCCCCAGAUUUUCCUGUCAUGCGACUAACAUUCCAACAAGUAUAUGUUGAAGACGUUUGCAAAUAAGAGCUUAAGAUCAACUGAAGUGGCCUAUGUAAAAUAAUGUGUAAUAUACGUGUAAUUUCCAAAACAGCUUGGCUUUGAAAGUGUUGCCUUGACUCGGGUCAACAGUGUGUCGUUUUAAAGGUGCAGUGCAAGCUCGCCAUUGAAAGCAGCUUUAUCCUCAAAGGGGUUUGGAUGUUCUUUAAACCCCUUUUGUUUUUUUAAACAAGAAAACAUGGACGUUCAGAUAAAGACAGGAGUUGAUUUUUUGUUUUGUUUUUUUGUGAAGUUUGGAGAGACGCCAUAUGUAACUGAACAUCAGGUAUGCAGAGGAGAUUCCAAGGAGUAUGUUGCUGAAGAGAAAAGGCGGCAGAAGUGGAGUUGAAGAGGAGGACAAAAGGUGCGGUCAUCAUCCGAACAUGACAGGUUUCACCUUGUAGCCGUCCACAGAGGGGGGGAAACCUUCAGACAUUGAUUUCUCCUAUUGAUUUUGCUUGCCUUGUUCAGUCAGUGAGAAAUGUGCAACAACAAGAUCCUCACCUUCUGUUUGGCUGUAGAAAUCAGAUGUGGACAACACUUCAGAUCCAAAGUCAGGAUUUUGGUCAGAUUCAUGUGUUUUCAUAUGUUGAGGACCUUGUAGAGAUGAGAUGGGCUACUUUAAAAAGGUAAUCACCAAAUUCAACAGCUCAGAAGUGAUCAGCGUUACCUGAGUUACCAUACUGAAGGAAGCCAGUCAGUCAAUAGAUGGAAUUAUGCUUUGAUUUCACGGUUUAACGGCAGGAUGAACUUUUUGUAGGUGUGAAGGUUGGAGGAGAACCCAAGCAGGCCUCCUGAGAACGAUCCUUCACGAUGUGAAAAUGUAGAAAGUAGUGUUAAGAUAUCAAAGUGUGUAAAAAAAAGUAUUUUCUAUUAAAAUAUGUACAGUUGUCUACUGUUGACUAUGUUUGACAAAUUUUAGAUUGUAACAAAAAAUGCAGAAGAGUUAGAAAAUAGUUUGUAUGUUUCAAGUUUUCUUUCCUGUUUUGUUAAAGAAGUGUCUACUAUGCAAACUUGGCAUUGGUUAUUAUGAUAGGAGUCUAUACCUAGAACUGUCCUUGUGAGUUCAUUUUUGAUUUUUUCAAUACCAGGAGUGGUUUGGCUUGGUUAGUGUGAGACAGUGACGGUCCGUUUUUAGCUCAAUCCGGUUCAAACGCUUCAAGAGUCCUGUUCAGUCUUGCUGACUGCUUGCCUCUCUAUCUCCUCUAAUAGUUUUCUGUACAAAGUGUAAGAAAUAAUUUUUAAGACAAUUAAUAAAUUAUAUUUAUAAGCAAUGCUAAUAAUA